UACGCAAAAGACUGCUGCCUUCUUAUUAUUUGUCAUAUCCACAUAAACCGUCAUCUGCAGAGUAUUUUCCUAGUGGACCACGUCGUUUGUAGGCAUUUUUCGAGAACUGCGAGAUAUACAACGAUUUGCUUCAUCCCGAAAAUGCGGAGCGAUCGAAUACGGAUGAUAUUGGGGGCAGUACAUAUUAUUUACGGGUUUUGCUUUAUUGCGCUGCAGAUUAUUGUGGAAAUUACCAGCGCGGCGUUUUACACGCAGAACACGGCCGAGGACUUUUUCAAAGCCGGCUUCGCGUUGGGCGGCAUGGACUGGAUCCUGGCCGCGGUUACCUUGGUGAUAUUCUGUCGGGAUAAAGACAGCCGCGGUCUGCGGGUGGCCGAGAUGAUCCUGACUAUUUUGUACACGUUGCUCCUCAUCUGCUACUUGGGCAUUCGGUUUCAAUGGUUUGUGGAGGAUCCCGAUUGGACGGACAAUUUCACGGACUGCCACUUUAUGCCGACAUGGCCCAAGUACUACCUGUGGAACCGGCCGCCCCACUGCAGUGCCUACUGGAUUAAAGCGCAUAUCAUGUGGAUCACCAUCGGGAUUGCACUGGCCGAUCUGAUCACAUGCUUUGCCGGGCUGGUCAUGGUGCGGGUGGUCAGCAACGCUCAGGAGCGCAAUAAAAUCUAAGCAAUUGGUCUAACCAAGCCGCCCUAUCGAUCAAAUAAUUGCGGUUGUAUGCAAUAAGCGAAAUCUCUAAUCAAGAUCUGACGUAAUAUUGUACUGUAAUUUUAUUUUAAUUGGGUAAAUCGUUACCGUGCAGCUUUUAUUGAACCGUUUUAUAAACCUCAAAAGUGGGGUUUUUUUGCAGUGUUGUUGAUGUGAUUGCAAGGUUGCCGUUAACUGAGUUGCAUUUGCGUUUGAUUUUGCUUGUAGAUCAGACUGUUUACAAAAUCUAUUAAA